AUGGCAGAAACGUAUUUGAUGUGGGUUGCAGGCGAAGAGAAGCCGGGCGAAGAGGAGUUGAUACCGAUCGAAGAUCCCGCAACCGGGGAGAUCUUCGCGCACUGCCACGCAGCCUCCCCCUCCGACGUCUCACACACAAUCGCCCUGGCGCAAAAAACCUUCAAAUCAGGCAUCUGGUCCAAAUCCCCCCGCCACCACCGCGCAGACGUCUUAGACCAAUGCGCCACCCUCCUCACUGCCGCUCUCCCCUCCCUCAUCGCUCUCGAGGUCCGGCAGACGGGUCGCGCGACCCGUGAGAUGACCGCGCAGGUGCCGUCGCUCGUGCGCUGGUUCAAGUACUACGCCGCGCUCCUCCGCGUCGAGGAACAGCCCGUGCUGCCCACGACGGGGAAACUGCAUAAUUUCCUCCAACGCGUGCCUUUGGGGGUCGUGGUACAGAUUACCCCGUUUAACCAUCCGCUUCUCAUCGCGGUGAAGAAACUGGCUCCGGCGCUGGCGGCAGGGAAUAGUGUUAUUGUGAAGCCGAGCGAGUUGACGCCGUUGUCGACGUUAAUGUUAGGACGGAUUUUGAAGGAGGCGGGGGUUCCGGAUGGUGUGUUUAGUGUUUUGCCUGGGUAUGGCGGGGUUACGGGGAAGGCGCUUGUGAGCGAUCCCGUGGUGAGGAAGGUAGAUGUCACGGGGGGUACGGUGGCGGGACGGGCGAUUGGCGGGAUUGUGGGGGCGAAUUUGGCGAGGUAUACGGCGGAGUUGGGGGGGAAGGCGCCACUGGUUGUGUUUGAGUCGGCGGAUGUGCAGUUGGCUGUCAACGGGAUUGCUUUUGGAAGUUUUAUCGCGAGUGGGCAGACUUGCAUUGCAAGUACGAGGAUCAUUGUUGAUGAGAAGAUAUUGCCGCGGUUGUUGGAUGCGUUGAGGACGAAGACGGAAUUCAUCACUCAACGCAUGGGUGCUCCGUGUAACCCGGAAUCCUCGAUGGGGCCGUUGAUCUCAGCGAAACAACUUGGCAAUGUUGAGGCGUUGGUUGACGAGGCUGUUCUUAGUGGUAAGGCGAGAACGGUAGUAGGAGGAAGCAGGAUGAGAGGCGUGAGUUCACUUGAUGGGACAGACUUCUCCAAAGGGUACUUCUAUCCACCAACGAUCCUUGUGUCAAGUGAGGCAGACAGCAUUCUCUCAACACGUAUUUGGCGCGAGGAGGCGUUCGGGCCUGUUAUCGUGGUUGUCCCUUUCAAGACGGAAGAAGAGGCCCUAAGGUUGGCUAACGAUAGCGAAUUCGGACUCGGAGCCGGCCUCUGGACCCAAGAUCUCGCACAGGCUUUCCGCGUGUCUGAACAGAUCGAUGCUGGAAUAACGUGGGUUAACACGCAUCAUCGAAAUGACCCAAGUAGCCCAUGGGGAGGUGCGAAGUCGUCGAGCGGUGUCGGAAGUGAAAAUGGGAUUGAUGCGUAUAAUGCGUAUACGACAACUAAGAGUACCAUUAUCAACUAUGCCUCAACCGACGAGUCUCUUGUUACGGAUGACUGGUUCAAGGUCGGGGCCGGUUCUGUGAGAUAUGGCUGA